AUGGAUAGACAAACCCUAGCUUCUUCAUCUUCAUCCACCAGCGGCGACUUUAUCUGUCCACCGCCGGAAGAUGCGUGGUAUAGUACUUGCCUGAAACUGCUUCCCCAAUGGCAGUCUCUUUGCUCCGGUAUCCAGCCGAUAGUCCCGGUCGAGAUAUCUAGAGUAAAUCAGUUUGAUGCAGCUCGGCUGGAUGUUGAAAUGUCGGCCAUGCUGAAAGAACAGUUGGUUAAAGUAUUUUCUUUGAUGAAGCCAGGAAUGAUAUUUCAAUUCGAACCUGAACUUGAUGCUUUUCUUGAGUUUCUUAUAUGGAGAUUUUCCAUAUGGGUUGAUAAGCCCACUCCUGGUAACUCUCUCAUGAAUUUAAGGUAUAGAGAUGAACGUGCAGUUGAAGCAAGGGGAAAAGUUAGAACAGGACUAGAAGGGCCAGGAUUAACGGUUCCUCAGAAGAUCUGGUACUGCAUUGCCACGGUUGGUGGUCAAUAUAUUUGGGCUCGCCUUCAAUCAUUUUCAGCUUUUCGUAGAUGGGGCGACACAGAUCAAACGUCACUAGCUCGUCGUAGCUGGUUUCUGCUACAACGCAUAGAAGGAUUUUACAAGGCUGCAUCUUUCGGAAAUCUACUCCUAUUUCUUUUGACAGGAAGGUAUAGGAGCCUUAGUGAAAGAGCCUUACGGGCAAGACUCGUCUAUGGGAGCACUCAUAUGAACCGAUCUGUAAGCUUUGAGUACAUGAACCGGCAGUUGGUGUGGAAUGAGUUCUCGGAAAUGCUGCUGCUGUUGCUUCCUCUUCUAAAUUCAUCAUCUGUUAAAGAAAUUCUCCGUCCGUUUUCACAAGAUAAAUCUUCUAACUCGGAAGGAGAUGAAGCGUUAUGUCCCAUCUGCCAGAUGAUCCCGACCACUCCAUUUUUGGCAAUCCCAUGUCAGCACAGGUAUUGCUACUAUUGUCUUCGAACAAGGUGUUCUGCUGCCAUGGCUUUCCGGUGCUCCUGUUGCAAUGAGCCAGUUGUAGCUAUGCAACGAUACGGAGGUACAGUCAACAAGAUAAAUCAAUGA